AUGAGGUCCACCCUGCCUGUCCUCCUCUGCCUCGGGACCCUCCCCAAGCCCAAGCUGUGGGCAGAACCAGGCCCUGUCAUUCCCCGUGGAAAGUCAGUGACCCUCUGGUGUCAGGGAUCACAGGACGCCACGUGGAACUGUCUCAGUAAGGAAAAACCCUGGAGCCCCACAUGCAGAAGACCCUUACAGGGUCCAGGGAACAGGGCCAUGUUCCCCAUCCCCACCAUGACUGCGCAGGACGUAGGGGGAUAUCAAUGCUACCAUCAGAGCCCUGCUGGCUUCUCACAGCACAGUGACCCCCUGGAGCUGGUGGUGACAGGAUUCUACAGCAAACCCAGGCUCUCAGCCCUGCCCAGCCCUGUGCUGACCUCAGGAGGGAACGUGACCCUCCAGUGUGGCUCAUGGAAGGAAUUUGACGGCUUUAUUUUGGUGAAGAAAGGAGAACAAAACCUCACCUGGACCCUGGACUCACAGCAAAAACCCAGUGGGCAGUUCCAGGCCCAGUUCCCCGCGGGGCCUGUUAACCCCACCCACAGGUGGACAUUCACAUGUUACGGCUAUUAUAGGAGCAAACCCCAGGUGUGGUCAGAACCCAGUGACCCCUUGGACCUCCUGGUCUCAGGUCGGCUCAUGUCGGCAAGAGCCUAA